AUGGCUUCGUGCAAGAUCAUCUACGGUACUGCAUGGAAAAGGGAGCGAACCACAGCCCUCGUAGUCAGCGCGGUGCUUAAUGGAUUUCGUGCCAUAGACACAGCUGCUCAGUUGAAGCACUAUCGUGAAGAUCUUGUGGGGGAGGCACUACGGAUACUGCAGAUGGAGCACAACAUCAAACGCGAAGAUUUGUUUGUUCAGACGAAGUACACGUCCAUUGGAGGUCAAGACCACAGCCAGCCUCUUCCAUACAAUCCCUCAGAUUCCGUUGCGAAGCAAGUGGAAUCUUCGGUGAUGCAGUCCCUCGCGAACCUUGGAACCUCAUAUGUCGACAGCGUUCUGUUGCAUUCUCCGUUGGAUACCAUGCCACACACCUUGGCCGCUUGGCGAGCACUGAUGGCCCUUCAGGAUUCGGGGAAAGUCAAGGAGAUAGGAAUUUGCAAUACGUAUGACGUCCGAAUUCUUAAAAUGUUGGAGGAGGGUAGUGGCAGGAGAGUGCAGAUCGUGCAGAAUAGGUGGUUCGAGGGCAAUUACUGGGAUCAAGAUGUUUGCCGAUAUUGUCGAGAGAACGACAUCCAGUAUCAAUCAUUCUGGACUCUCUCGGGCUCCCCGAACCUUCUUGCGGACGCCAGUAUCCAAACAAUCGCGCGGGCGAAAGGCUACACUCCAGCUCAAGUCCUCUUCAGGCUUGCGCAGUUGCACGGCAUCACUCCACUGUCGGGCACCACCAACGAACGACAUAUGAAGGAGGACGCUGACGUAGAAAACGUCGAUAUUCGCCUUGAGGACGAAAAUGACGGACAGGUUAAAGCAGCAGUGGAUGACAUCCGGAAGCUGGUCUGGAGGUUAUAG